GUUUAAAUAAAAUUGAUAGACGAGUGAGAGAAAAAGAAUGGGAAAGGCAAAAGAAGCGGUGGUGGUGGUGGGAGCCCUAGCGUGUGUGUGGUUAGCUAUCGAACUCGCUUUCAAACCGUUCCUUACUCACACCCGAGAUUCCAUCGACAAAUCCGACCCGACCCGGGAUCCCGAUGAUGCUACUGACUCUGCCGCCCCUCCUGAAGCCGACGCCUGAUAUUUUGAGCGCUUCCAUGUCGUCGCUGUUAUUCGUAUUUCGUCAAAUUGUCCAAGUGAAAUAACAUUAGUGUUUUGUGUUUAAAUAGUAGAAACAUUUUAUUCUGUUUUGUGACCAUCAGGAUCGAAUUCUACUGCUAGGUUUUUCUGUUCCCUUUCUCGUGGGAAGUAUCAUAUAUUGGACAAUUCAAUUGGUAAGCUUGUCUUCUUAGCUAUUGCAAUUGCAAUCAUGUUGUUAAAUAAAACUAUCGCAAUCACAUUUCAAUAUGUUUUGUUUUGCAAUCAUCAAUGUUAUUUCAUUCUUCAUCAA